AGAGCCGAACAUGUUGGCUCAGUCAUCUGAUCAGCUGUGUCCAAUCACAGCUGAUCACAUGCGACAUGUACACUGAUCAUAAGGGCACUGAUGAUCAGUGUGCCCUGAUGAUCAGUGUAGCCCCAGCUGCGCCACCUGUCAGUGUCCAUCAGUGCCUUGUGUCAGUGCUCAUCAGUGCCUUGUGCCACUGCCACAUAAAUGCCACAUAUAAGUGCCCCUCUGAGCUGCCUUUCAGUGUCACCCAUCAGUGCCAGUCAGUGCCACCUAUCAAUGCCACCUAUCAGUGCUGCCAGUCAGUGCCGCCUAUCAGUGCCAGUCAGUGCCGCCUAUCAGUGCUGCCGAUCAAUGCCAUAUAUCAGUGCUGCCUUUCAGUGCCCAUCAGUGAUGCCUGUCAAUGCCGACCAGUGCCUCCUUAUCAGUGCCCAUCAGUG